GUUUAAAACAAACAGGUGCCAGUUUGCCGAGACGCAGUAGACAGCCAUGAAGCUACUGAUUUUAGCCACUUUGGUCUGUAUUGCUGCGGCCAACGUGGAUGUUGAAAUCAAAAGUCAUUGGAAUGGAGGAUUUAAUGGCAAGUUCUGUAUAGACAUCGCUAAAGAACUUCACACAUGGAAAGCUCACGUGAUAUUUGAUAAACCAGUUGAGAGCAUAGAGGUAUGGGUUGCAGAACUCUCUGAAACCCUCCAAGAUGGUAAAGAAUUUGUUUUCACCAAUAAAGUUUGGAAUGCAGACGAACACGUUGGAGAUCAGUUGUGUAUAGAAUUUGUUGGUCAUACAACCGGCGACAUCAAUCCCACAGGCUCAGCCUUUAUAGAAGGGAUGGAUAGUCAUGGUAACAAGGUUACAGGUGCUGCAACUCAAGGUGCCACCAUGCCUCCAGAUUAUACCGGCACAACCACUGCGCCGCCAACUGCUGCGCCAACUCAUAAAGUCACGUAUCCAGCCAAUCUAAAUGGUAGCAUACCUGGAACCCUAAAGAUUUAUAAUGACUGGGGAAAUAGAUUUGAGGCCGAAUUUUCUUUUCCACUUACUGAGAAUGUUGAAGGUUGGAUGGUUGCCAUUACAUUCGAUUCACCCGUUGUGAAAAUGGACAUGUGGAAUGCCGACAAAUAUUCAACAUCUGACGGUGGAAGGAAAUGGGUGAUAGUCAGUAAACCCGAUAGAGAAUUCUUUAAAGCCGGGGAUGCAGCUAAAGUUAGAUUCUUCGCCAAUUACGGUUCUGGAACUGGUGGCAAGGCUCCAUCAGCUAUCGGUUUAUUCACUAAUCUGGGUAUUGAUAAGCGCGCAGUGCCUUCUUUACCAAACCAUGAUUGUACCAAAUAUAAUUAUGAUGACGUACUGUAUAAAUCCAUACUCUUCUACGAAACCCAGAGAUCUGGUAAAUUACCAGCUUCUAACCGCAUCCCAUGGAGAGGUGACUCUGGUUUAAAGGAUGGCUCAGAUGCUGGUAUUGAUCUUACUGGGGGCUGGUAUGAUGCUGGAGACCAUGUUAAAUUUGGUUUCCCCAUGGCUUACUCUACUGCCAUUCUAGCCUGGAGUUUGCUGGAAUUUAAAGAUGCCUAUCAGAAAAGUGGACAACUUGAACAUAUGUACGAUUCUAUCAAAUGGCCCUUGGAUUAUUUCUUAAAAGCUCACACCGGUAAAACUGAACUUUACGUGCAGGUAGGUGAUGCAAGCACUGAUCACAGCUAUUGGGGCCGCCCAGAAGAUCUACCCAUGGCAAGACCAUCCUAUAAGAUAACAGCAAGUAAUCCAGGAACAGAUGUAGCUGGUGCCACAAGUGUUGCUUUUAUUGCGGGUUACUACGCUUUUAAAGAAAAGGAUCCCGCCUAUGCUGCUAAGCUGUUGACCCAUGGUAAAGAACUCUAUGAUUUUGCGAUGACUCACAAGGGUAGAUACACAGAUAGCGUCAGUGCUGCAGCAGGUUAUUACAAAUCAACCAAUAUGACAGACGAAAUGUGUUGGUCUUCGUUGUGGAUGUACAAAGUAACAAACGAAUCCAAAUAUUUAGCUGAAGCCGAAAAAUGGUUCCAACCAGAACCUGCAUGGGGAAUGUCCUGGGAUGAUGUUCAAGCUGCUAACCAGGUUCUCCUGUACAAAUUUACCAAGAAGGAUAUUUAUAAGCAAGCCGUUGAAGGAACAUUUAAAUACUGGAUGCCUGGAGGAACUAUCAAAUAUACCCCUAAAGGACUAGCCUGGCGACUUCAGUGGGGAUCACUCAGAUAUGCAUCUAACAUGGCCCUGGUUGCACUGUUGGCUGCUGAAGAAGGACUUAACGCUGUUGAGUAUAGAAAAUGGGCCAUGAGUCAGAUCCAUUAUGCCCUAGGAGACACUGGAUUCAGUUUUCUGAUUGGUUAUGGCAAAAAUUUCCCACAUUCUCCUCAUCACAGAGCAGCGUCAUGCCCCAAUCCACCGGCACCUUGUGGGCCAUUUAUAAUGUCUACUAAGGAGCCUAAUGUCCAUACGCUGUACGGAGCUUUAGUUGGAGGCCCAGAUUCUGAUGGCAGUUACCAAGAUUCAAGACAGAACUACAUUAACAAUGAAGUAGCUACAGAUUAUAACGCUGGAUUCCAAGCUGCAGUAGCAGGUUUGAAGAGUCUGGUUAUUCGAAAAUUACAUCCAGAACAGUCAGGCGGCACUACGUGUAGUAAAUAGAUGUUUAAUCAUCACCCUUGAUCAUUAAAAUAU